CUGAGUUGCCCAGUCCCACUGUUUCUCUUGAUGGGAUGCAGUGCAAGAUGACUAACUGCCGCGACAGUGAAUUCGGUCAACUCCGCUGCAACACGGCUAAAGGCGUGACCCGAGCAUAUAAAUUAUAACUUGGUGGACGCCGCCUGUCGCGCCAAGGGCCCGCUACUCUUGUCACAACUACUCCAAUGGAUGUCGACCCGGAAGAUGGGGCUGCCAGGGAUGAUCGGAAAAUGUUCGAUAGUCGUGUUAUCCUGGCGAUCGAUAACUAUCGCUCUACAAAUCCUGAAGUUUUCGGAGAAAAACUCGGUACUCGCGCAGCACCAAAAUUGCUACAUAUAUUGCUCUCAACCCAUUCACCCACUGGUACCGUUCCUGACGAGGAGACAUGUGAUGAACAUAUCAUCUUUGCCCCAAAUUUACUGUCCAAGCUUUCUAAAGCAUACCGCAACAAGUCUUUCUUUGAGUUGUUGAAUGAUGUCGAUGUGCGGCCCUUAACGGGCACUACUAGUCAGGUGGGUGGCGGGCUUCCAGCCAGUCGUAGUAUUCGCGGUCUUCAAGACGCAUUUGAAGAGCCCUACCAAGGAGCAACGCACAAGCUGCUUAUCGAGACAUUGAACGAUUAUUGGCAGUCAAGUGCCGGGAUGGCAAGACCAUAUAAUUUGUCGCUAUCAGUAAUCCAGUCUUCGGGUAUGGGGAAAUCCAGAAUGGUCGCUGAAGCCUCGCUCUCCAUAUUUACGAUUCCAAUCAAUAUUCGUGAGGAACUUGGCCAUGGUCUCAAAACCUAUCCUCCUCCAGACACAGAGUUUCGCCGUUAUUUUCAAGGACAUCAUGCAAAAAGCGAUCUUCGGCUGCAGGCAGAGUAUGCAAUUAUAUUGAGCGUGCUAUUCACAAAGGCCGCCGCACUUCUCGAGACACUCAGGUUCAAAUAUAAAACAGGAGCAGAGCUAGCAUAUGAAUGGGCUGAAUAUCUCGACGAAGGACGGACCGAUACCGAAGUUGGUGUGAAUAGGAAGGUGUUCCUGGAUUCUGUGGUGGAUGAGGCACGUAAGCUCAAAUUGAUGGAGCUACAACCAGAUGAAAGAGAAACCCAAACGAAACUGGAGGUGCUCAACACCAGAAUGCGGAAGUCGUGUGACACGUUUGUUAAGGCCAUGGCGAGUAAUGAUGGGGGAGCAGAAGUCAAAUGCAUCAUUUACUUUGAUGAAGCUCACCAGCUUACCGAACUCGUCCCACGGGAAAAGAACACGGCCCGGAGUUACUCGCCCUAUCAUAAUCUUGGCACAGUGCUGUCUGAGCUGACAGAAUUCCCUGUUUUUUUCAUUUUUUUAUCUACGAGUUCUCAUCUCCAGAAAUCCGCACCCUCGCCCGCUAGCCAUCCAUCAGUUCGCAUUUCUCAGGGCUUCCGCCUUUUCCCUCCUUUCACUGAGCUGCCGUUCGACAUAUUUGCCAAAAAAGUAUUUCAAUCUUUGAAGGGCAAGAACAAAAAAUGCAGCCUCGAAAACGUGGGCCAAACGGAUGUAAUGGUAGGGUUCGGACGUAGCCUAUGGUAUGUCCACCACAAAAACUGGUUGGAGCGGGGAGGAUUAUCUGUUAUACCGUUCGCCAGAGACAAACUGAUGGCGCAAGGGGACGAAGUGAAAGUAUUCCAUUCUCGCGUUGCUGCUCUGGGGGUUCGCAUCGGGAUAACUUUCGACAAUACAACCCAAGCCUCGAGGAUUACGGAAUCAGAACUUGUUGAGUCUCACAUGCGUGUUGUUUAUGCUAUCCCUGAGCAUCGCGAGUUCAUGCACACCGGAUCGCCCUCUGAACCUAUACUAGCUGAGGCAGCAGCAAGGUGUCUGAACGACCCUUUGGAUGGCCGUGGAAUAGAAUUGCAAGGUCCAGAAAUCCUAGCUCAGGCUUGUGAGAAGGGACUUCUUGCGAAGGGAGAGCGCGGGGAACUCUGCGGUCGACUUCUUGUGACCAUUGCUCACGAUAUCGCCCUCAAACAAAGCCACUCUGUGCCAAAGAAACCUUCACCUGACCCAUAUUUCCAUCGACCUGUCCCUGUCGUUGACUUUCUUAAGGCUCUAUUUGCGAAGCCAUUCGAUGCUAUGGUGUUGGAAGCCAAGUCGGUGACGGCCAAGGCGGACAUCCCUGAUUUGCAAACAGCAUUUGCAAAUGCUUAUGUCUUUUUUUCCCAUUUCGCCCUGGCCAAAAACUCUGAAAUGCUGUCUGCUCCAAACCUGGCAGUAGCUCUGCUGCGUGGCAUGGCCCUCCAAGCCAAAGAUAAUCAGAAGUCGAUUGAUGCUGUUAUUCCUGUUCAUAUGCGUCACGCAGCCGAGCCCAUCUCACUGAAAUCGACGUCAGUCAUCAACUUGCAAUUUAAGAACCGCGAAGAGGCUGAAUAUUGUCGCGUUUCUCGCGGAAUCACCGUUCCGGAUAACACGAUGCCAGUAAUAUCAAUCAUUUUCGAGCUCGGAGACAGGGAGAUGGGAGGGGAGGGGCUUGUGACCAUUACUCACGAGACACAUCGCGAGACUCGCGGCUCUAAAAACAAAGUGCACCCAGAAGACCACCACUAUGAAAUUGUCGCUUAUGGCUGCACUUCGAAGACUUUCGCAGCGGUUUCACCAGCUAUUGAGCCACAUUACCAGUCUACUCUCGCGGUUCCCACUAUUGUUGAGGACUUUCCUCGGGCGACAAAGGGCAAAAGUUUGGAAGCCUUUGAGAACCUGAAACCGUUUUUUGAUGGCCUCCGAGAAUUCGCGGAAUGGUCAAAGCAGUUGGAAAGUGAUUGA